AUGGCCGACGCGGAUUUGGAGCAGAUUCGAAAGGCUCGUCUCGAGCAGCUCAAGGCCUCCCAAGGCGGGGCCAAAAGCUCGUCAGCCAGCGGCGGUAACAGCCAGGAGCAGGCGCAACAACGGCAGGAACAAGAAGCCGAGGCGCGCAAAUCAGUACUCAACCAGAUUCUCGAGCCCGAGGCGGCCGACCGGCUGGGGCGUAUCCGACUGGUCAAGGAACAGAGAGCGACAGACAUCGAGAACCGGCUGAUCACGUUGGCUCAGACGGGGCAGUUACGGCAGAAGGUGACGGAGACCCAGCUCAAGGAGCUGUUGAAUGCCAUGGCGGAUAAUAAGGAGGAGGAGAAGAUUGUGGUGACGAGGCGGAAGGUGUGGGAGGAUGAUGAUGAUGAUUUGUUGGAUUUGUAG